CUCCGCAAUUAUUUCUUCUAAGAAACUCUAACAGUGUAUUUUAUCCGAGUUACCUCUCAAACAUCCAAAGACAAACGGCAGGCAGAAAAAGCAUUCCAGACUUUAACUGCUGGUCUCCUGAAUUAAGGUACAUUCAAGCAGGUUUCCUAGCUACCGAGAAGACUCACCCGACUUGACCAGAAGCAGCAGGGCAGAGGAUCGCUGAUGGGUCUGACCACACAGGACCUGUCUCAGAACUCAGGCUGAAGGCCACUUCAUAUUUGCUGUUACCUUCCUGGUGGAGAGUCCUCUUUCCCCUCUGCCUGUACAGAUUGCCAGACGUGGUUGUCAGAUCUCUGGCUGGUGGAAGAGAGGAUAAUAACAGCUACCUGGAAGAGCCAAUAGAAGGAUGGAGAUAAAGGAUGGAGUGCGUCUGCUUGGCCAUCUCUACCUCAGGAGGGCCGGCUUCUCAGCAGCUCCUGCCUCCUGUGGCCUCUGCCGACCUCAGAGACAGCUGCAGAGGGCAGGCCUGCGGGGCCCUGCCCCACAGCACCAUGAUGGGAAAACUCCCUCUCGGGGUUGUCUCUCCUUAUGUGAAGAUGAGUUCGGGGGGAUGCUCUGACCCUCUGAAGUUUUAUGCUACCAGCUACUGCACAGCCUAUGGUCGGGAGGAGUUCAAGCCCCGAAUGGGGAGUCAUGUAGGCACAGGCUACAAAUCCAACUAUCGGCCCCUGGUCUCCUAUCAACCCCACCUGGACACCUUGGACAAUCCAGCCAUGGGGGAACAAAUCCGCGACACUUCCAAGUCUGUGGCCAGUCAGAGCUACUCGCCCCUAGAAGUGCCUGUCGGCAAGCACUCCCUGCCGUGGAACCUGUACCAGACCACCUCUGGCUAUGGGCGAGAGAGGCUAAAUUCAGGGCCACUUUCCAAGGAGGUUAGGAAGGUCCACUUCGACACCCAGGAUCACGGGCCUCAGACCAUCACAGGGCUGGAGCCCAAGGAGGUCCCCCUGCUCCACCAGCAGCAGGACAAGGGCUCUAUGGAGUGGGAGAACUCGCACUAUGGCCCACGCUUCAUGACUUCUGAGUACAAUUCCAAGUACAUCAAGGAGACUCCAAACCACCCAGAUCUCUUGCUCAAGAAGACAAUCGGUUCCAAAGAAGAAACGGGCUUCACUGAAGAGUCUACCAAGAAUCCCAUUGUCUUCCAGCCACCCUCACCGGCGUUUCCCGGGGACCCCAUCCUCCACCAGGGACGGAGUGUCACCAAGUCAGACUUCCUCCCUACAAGUCACCCUCAGGGAAGUGAGUUUCUGCCUGUGCUGGCCAGAGGCUCUGAUCGGGACACAGGAUACAGCCGAGUGAAUGAAAGGACCUUGAACCCCAGAAUGCCUACUCCAAGCCCACAGCCUGCCAGCAUGAGCCACAGGUCCUACCAGCCACCCCAGCGGAUGCAACAGACAAAUGUUGCCCUGCUUGGCAGAGAGUCUGUGGGGAACAAGGAGCCCACAGGGUUCACGAUUAACAACCCCAGCUAUGUUCGGGGCUCUUAUGAAUCUGACAGAGAUCAGCGGUACCUGACUACCUACAACCAAGGGUACUUUGAGAACAUCCCCAAGGGGCUGGACCGAGAAGGCUGGACUCGAGGAGGCAUCCAGCCCCAGAAACCAGGAGGCUACGCCCUCAAUGAGCCGGUUACCCGCAUGGAUGCCACUCCCAACCCCACGGAGACCCUGCGGAACCUGCACCCCCAUGUUGCAAGAACCUUGACUUCAGUUGACCCCUACUAUCGAGACAUACCUCAUAGCAACCGAUACACAGCUUCCAGUUGAAUCUGGAGAGGUUUGUCAUGAUGGGACAAGCUGCUUUCCCCGUGGUCCCCAAGAUCCCCCCAGUUACUUUCCUAAGGAAAUAAAGAACGCUGAAUCAGCA